AUGGAGCCUUUCGAUGGUGCACCGCCGCCAAUCGCCAUUGUCGGAAUAGGAUUGAAACUCCCAGGUGGUAUCACAACAACAGAACAAUAUUGGGAUCUCCUCAUAAACAAAAAGAGUACGCAGACACAGGUCCCGGAUAACCGAUACGGCGCGCACGCCUUCGAAAGCAAAUUAGGGACACCGGGUACUUUGAAAAGCACAUACGGACACUAUCUGGAAGGCGAUCUAGAGAAAUGGGAUGCAUCAUUCUUCUCUAUGAGUAAGAAUGAGGUCGAGAAGCUUGAUCCGCAGCAUAGGCUGUUGCUUGAGGUUAUAUGGGAGUGCAUGGAGGUUGGUGGACAGAAGCGUUGGCGUGGUCGCAACAUCGGUUGCUAUGUUGGCGUAUUUGGCGAAGAUUGGCUGGAUCUAUAUGCCAAAGACCCUCAGCAUUUAGGAACGCACCGAAUCUUGACUGGAGGUGAUUUUGCCUUGUCAAACCGGGCUUCUUACGAAUAUGAUCUGAAAGGCCCUAGCAUGACUAUCCGCACUGCGUGCUCGUCUUCACUUGUCGCCCUUCAUGAAGCAUGCCAAGCCAUUUAUACUGGGGAGUGUGAAUCUGCUAUUGUUGCUGGAACCAGCCUUUUUCUUUCGCCGACCAUGACUAUCGCCUUGUCUGAACAAGGAGUCCUCUCACCAACUGGAUCAUGCAAGACUUUUGAUGCCAAAGCAGACGGCUAUGCUCGCGGUGAGGCAAUCAAUGCCAUCUUCAUCAAAAAGCUGGAAGACGCUAUUCGUGAUGGAGAUCCGAUCCGUGGUGUUAUCAGAGGCACAGCUACCAAUUUUGACGGCAAGACUAUUGGGAUUACUAACCCCAAUCAAGAGGCUCACGUAGCUCUCAUGCGUCGGGCCUAUGAAGUGGCCAAGAUAUCCAAUAUUAACGACACUGCGUUUGUUGAAUGCCAUGGGACAGGGACACAAGUUGGUGAUCCCAUGGAGACCGGAGCCGUGGGCCGAGUUUUUGGGAAUCGAGGCACAUAUAUUGGAUCUGUGAAACCAAAUAUUGGUCAUGGAGAAGGUGCUUCCGGCUUGAGUAGUUUGAUCAAGGCUGUAUUAUCUCUGGAACAUGAGACUAUUCCGCCACAAGUAAACUUCUCCAAUCCGAAUCCAAGAAUCAAAUGGGACAAAUACAAUUUGAGAGUUCCAACGGAGCCCACGUCAUGGCCAAAGGACCGCUUGAAGCGUGUAUCGGUAAACUGCUUCGGCGUGGGAGGCGCCAAUGCUCAUGUAAUUAUUGAUUCGGCAAAGUCCUACAUCUCACAGAAACAGGCGGUGCUGGACACUAGCCCUCACUUGCUCGUGUUCUCUGCCCACCAAGGUGUCUCCUUGAAAGAGAGAGCCGCCGCUGUAUUUAAUUACGCAAAACAGCAUCAUGCCCAAUUGCCAAAUAUCGCAUAUACUCUAGGAUGCAGAAGAGACAACUUGGCUCAGCGUGCCUUUGCUGUCUAUGAUGGUGUUAAUACUCCUGAGCUCUCCCCUAUUGUCAAACCUAAAGAUCCCCCUCGGGUGAAUUUUGUCUUUACCGGACAAGGCGCACAAUGGGCGGAAAUGGGAGCUGAUCUUCUCCCUCAGUAUCCCAUAUUCCGUGACACCAUUCAUGCGAUGGAUGCUGCUCUUAAGAAACUGCCUCAUCCCCCCAAGUGGACAAUAGAAGAGGAGCUCAUGCGCCCUGCGGAAGAAAGCAAGAUUCAGCAGCCGGAAUUUUCACAGCCAAUAUGCACUGCGCUUCAGAUAGGCCUUGUGAGCCUGCUAAAAGGCUGGGGCAUUACUCCUGCGGCUGUGGUUGGCCACUCCAGUGGCGAGAUGGGAGCUGCAUAUGCAGCUGGCGCGCUGACUCUAGAGGAAGCGAUCAUUAUCGCUUACUAUCGCGGUCAAGUCACUCAAAACUACGGUCGAGUUGGUGCUAUGGCAGCCGUUGGCCUUGGCCGCGAAGCCGUUGUCACUUAUCUUCGAGAAGGCGUUGUUGUUGCUUGCGAGAAUAGUCCCAAAAGCGUCACAUUAUCAGGAGACGUUGAACUUCUGGAUAAGGUCAUUGCUCAUAUAAAGAAAGAUUUACCAGAAACCUUUGCUCGCAAGCUGAAAGUUGAAAGAGCCUACCAUUCGCACCACAUGUGUGAAAUUGGCGGCAUGUACGAGAAGCUGUUAGAUGGCUUUGUGAAAGAUACAAAGCCUUCUGUUCCUUUCUUUUCUAGCGUUACCCAAAAACAAAUCAAGAGAUCCGGUCAGCUGGGGCCAUCUUAUUGGAGGCAAAAUUUGGAAAAUCCAGUAUUAUUUUCUCCAGCAGUGCAGCUCAUGGUGCAUUCCGCCGUGGAAGAUGCAGUAUAUCUAGAGAUUGGUCCUCACGCCGCUCUGUCUGGUCCCCUACGAGAUAUCUUCAAGUCAGUACAGACGUCAACUGCAUCUACCUAUGUUGCUACUCUCAUUCGAAAUGAAAAUGGCCCCAAAUCAAUACUCAGCUCCCUUGGAAGACUAUACCAGGAGGCCGUCCCUGUUAAUCUUGCUGCCGCAACAGCAGGUCGCACCGUUCUAACAAAUCUUCCCAACUACGCAUGGCAACAUGACACUACAUAUUGGUACGAGAGCCGAGUUUCACGCGAUUGGCGCCUUCGCAAGUUCCAUCCUCAUGAACUUCUUGGAAACCGCAUCUUGGAAUCUGACGAUUUGGAACCUACUUGGAGGAACAUGCUCCGCUUAGACGAUGUUCCUUGGGCUCGAGAUCAUAAGAUUCAAGACGAUAUCGUUCUACCUGCUGCAGCUUAUAUCGCAAUGGCUAUAGAGGCUCUUAGACAGCUCAAUGGCGGCGGCGAGAUAGAUGCAUCUCUAAAGCAAGUGGAGAUCCAAAAUGCUUUAAUUCUGAAAGAACAGCAAGCACACGAAAUUAUAACGCACUUUCGUCCUGUCCGCCUAACUUCUAAACUCAAUUCUAUCUGGUACGAGUUUUCUAUCUCAUCAUUCAAUGGCGCCUCUUGGACGAAGCACUGUGUGGGCAAAGUGAGGUCGGGCAAAGAAAUCAGCGCUGGUAGCGAGGAUGUUGGAGAACAACCGCGUCAGGUUUCUACUGCCGGAUGGUAUCGUGUCAUGAAGAAAGUAGGGCUAAACUAUGGACCCGAGUUCCAGGGCUUGUCCGACAUUUCAGUCUAUCCUGGACGCUGUGCUGCUGCUGCCACCGUCAAAAAUCGCGAUUUAACGCUUGAUCCUUACUAUCCCCUGCAUCCCAGCAUCAUAGACCUUGUGCUACAAGCGUUUACUGUUGCAAUUGCCGAUGGGCUAACUCGACAACUCGGUCAGCUCUGUGUGCCAACAUACAUUGAUGAGCUAUACAUCAGCAAUGGCCAGCCUGAGAUGCGACUCGGCACUGCCGCUAUAUCAAGCGCGACGGGGGCAAUUCGCGGCUCAGCGACUAUCAUGGCCGAUAAUAAAAUGGUUUUGAGCUUACGAAAUGGAGAGUUCAGUCCUUUGGAAAACGGUGAUGAAGAAAAGACCGGUUCCAUGACAGCUGCUCAUCUACACUGGAAGCCACAUAUCGAUUUCAUUUCGCCAAAUAACCUCAUCUACACAGUCCAACCUUCGCCAGAUGUAGAUGAAGUAGCAAACAUUGAAAAGCUAGCGCUUUUAUGCCAAUUAUCGAUACUUCAAAACAGGGAACAAACUCAGAUUCCUAAGACUUAUGCGUACUUCAACAGGUGGCUCAUUAAACAACGAGCAAAGGCUCUUGAAGGCAAAUAUGAAAAUGUGCCAGACAGCGCGUAUCUCGCUCAACUUAGUCCGAUAAAGGUCAAAGCAGAGAUUGAACAUACGAAAGAGCGUCUUUUGCGAACUGGCUGUGCUAAAGUUGCUACUGUUCUUCAUCAACUUGCCAUGAGCGCAGAGGCUAUCUUCAGGGGCGAGCAGAGCAUGAAUGAUGUGCUCAAAGACGAUGAUGGCUUGCAUAGCUUAUACAGCUUCAUUGAUAGCAGAAGUGACUUCUCACCUCUCUUUAGCACGCUUGCUCAUGUCAAUCCAACAAUGAGAGUGCUAGAGCUUGGCAUUGGAGCCUCCGAUAUUUCCGCAAAGGCCUUGGAAGCCCUCGUCAACUCAACCGGUGAGAAUUGUUACAGCACGUAUAUUUACACAGCUCGCGAUGAGGGGUCUCUCGACUUUGCCCGACAGAAGCUUAAAGGAUAUGAGAAUGUAGAGUUCAAAAGUCUCGAUCUCGCUAAAGAUCUGAUAUCGCAAGAUUUUGAGCUUGCAUCUUUCGACCUCAUCAUUGCCACCAAAGCCUUUUACCGCUGUUCUAGUAUUGAGAGUUCUCUUACAAAUAUUCGCAAACUAAUUAGGCCAAAUGGUCGACUACUUAUCCAAGAGGUAUUGCCCAAUGCAAACUUUUACAACUUCAUAAUGGGCUUCUAUCCCGAACAGUGGGAGGGAAAGGAAGACGACCGUGAGGAUAAGAACUUGUUCGAGGCAAAUCAGUGGGAUAAUCUCCUACUAGAAGCUGGAUUCACUGGCAGCGAAGGCUUGACUCUAGACAAAGACAAUAUCGCAAUGAGUGUUCUUACCACGGCAGCUGUCCAACCAAGGGAUUACAAGAAGGUCACUCUUCUUGGCCAUAGUGAAUCCGAAGAUCAUACACAAUGCCUUUCUAAACUACUUAGUUCACAAGGGUAUGAAGUUGAGUUUCGCACGCUUACUCAAGAGCCGGAUCCGGAUGCGGAUGCCAUAUCUCUACUAGAUCUGCAUGACACAAUCUUCUUUGAGAUGAGUAAAAGCACAUUUAGUGCAUGGCAGCGCUACAUCGGCAAGUUUCCCGCUGACAAAGGAUUAUUAUGGGUGACUGGUCACGCUCAAGUGGGAUCACAAGAUCCUCGAUAUGCAACUACGAUUGGGGCGACUCGCAAUAUUAGAUCUGAGCUUUCAUUGGAUUUUGCAACACUUGAGUUAGACUUGGAGAAUUUUGGUGCAGAAGCAGUUCUAAAUGUCUUCGAAAAAUUCCGCAAUAGGAUCAAAGACGAUGAGUUUGACCCUGAAUGGGAAUAUGCCAUUGUCAAUGGUAGAGUCAUGGUCCCGAGAUAUCAGUGGAUAGAUAUCGCAGAGCACAGCGGAGAAGAAGCGCAUAUUGAGUUCGACUCUCCGAAGAAACUCGAGAUUGCACGCAUGGGCCAACUUCAGACUUUACAGUGGAUAGAGGAUGAAGUUAUCCCGUUGCAAGAUGAUCAAGUGGAGAUUGAGCCUCGUGCUGUCGGUAUGAACUUCAAAGAUAUUCUUGUGGCUAUGGGUAUUGUUGAGGGCUACAAACCGGGUCUCGGUAUUGAGUGUUCUGGCAUCGUUCGCAAAACCGGUAGUAACGUCAAAGGCUUGUUACCUGGAGAUCGAGUCAUGGCUAUCGGCCACGGAUGUUUUACAACAAACUUUCUUUCCGACGCAAGCCUAGUUGUUAAGAUACCCCAUAAUCUUAGCUUUGAAGAGGCGGCUACAGUUCCGUGUGUUUAUGCUACAGCAAUUCAUGCUCUUAUCAACCUUGGUGGGCUGCGUGAAGGCAUGUCAGUUCUCGUCCACUCAGCUUGUGGCGGCGUUGGAAUAGCAGCACUUAACAUCUGUAAAAUGAUGGGCGCUGAGAUUUACGCCACUGUUGGAAAUGCUGAAAAGGUCCAAUAUCUAGUAGAUAACUUUGACAUCCCGCGCGAAAACAUCUUCAACUCCCGUGAUUCUUCGUUCUACGAGAAUCUAAUGGAAGCUACUAAUGGCAGAGGUGCUGACCUGGUGCUGAAUUCUUUGUCGGGAGAACUCCUCCACACAUCAUGGAAAUGCGUUGCUCCCUUCGGCAAAAUGCUUGAAAUUGGUAAACGCGAUUUCAUCGGCCGAGGACAGCUCGGCAUGGAGACAUUUGAGUCAAACCGGUCGUUCCAUGGCAUCGAUAUGUCCCAAAUGGCUGUGGAAAGACCUGAUAUGUGCAAAGCAAUUCUGGAGCAAUUCAACAAAUACUACGAACAGGGUGCUAUCAAGCCUAUCUCACCUAUGAAGCACUUCGAGGCUACUAAUAUUAUCGAGGCGUUUCGAUACAUGCAGAAGGGGCAGCAUGUUGGCAAAAUUGUAGUCUUUAUGCCAUCAGAUGGAUCGAAAUUACAAGUUGCGGCAAAACCUCAUAUUGCAAAGUUCAAAAGCGAUAAAACCUACUUGUUGGUCGGUGGCCUCGGGGGUAUAGGCAAAUCUGUCUCUAAUUGGAUGGUACAAAAUGGCGCCCGAUAUAUCAUGUAUCUGUCUCGAUCAGCUGGAGCUUCCGAGCAAGAUAAGAGAUUUAUUCAGGAAAUUGAAGCGCAAGGGUGCACGGUACAGGCUAUCAAGGGAAGCGUUACGAGCUUGCAAGAUGUUUGUCAAGCAGUGAAGCAAGCAUUAAAGCCGAUUGCGGGCGUCUUUCUAAUGACGAUGGUUCUACGGGAUCGUGGUAUCUUACAACUUUCUCACAAUGACUGGUUCACAGCGGCUGCGCCCAAAGUUGAUGGCGCGAUCAAUCUUCACCAGGCUCUAGAACAUUGCGAUUUGGACUUCUUCACCUUGUUCAGUUCCAUAUCUUACGUUGUAGGACAAGUGGGCCAAGCAAACUACUCAGCAGCCAACGCGUAUCUGACAGCAUUCACUCAAUUCCGUCACGAACAAGGACUACCAGCUGGUGUUCUAAACGUCGGUGUUGUAGAUGACGUAGGAUAUGUCGUUGAGAAUCCGGCUCUGCUUGAACAAUUUCGCGCCCUGAGCUUCUACACUCUUGGAGAAAAUGAGCUACUCGCAGCCCUUACGUAUACGUUAACUCAUCAGUACUCUGCAGCCUCCUCUUCGGACGAUGGCUUCUACAACCCAUCCGAGCUGGCCAUUGGUCUCAAGAGCACAAAGUCACUCUCUGAUCCUGCUAAUCGCUGUAUUUGGAAGCGUGACCGACGCAUGGCCCAAGCACAUCUUCACGAUGCUGGCACAUCUUCUAGCAAUGGAGGUUCCGAAGACUUUGGCCAAUUCAUAAAGAGCGUCCACGCCACUCCGUCGCUACUCGACACGCCGAGUAAUGCUGACUUUCUGACAAGUCAAAUCGGCUUAUGCAUUUACAACCUCAUGUCACGAGAUGUAAAAGAUCUGGACUUGAGCCUUAGCCUCAUCCAGCUGGGCGUUGAUUCGCUCGUCUCCAUUGAGAUUCGCAACUGGUGGCGCCGCACGCUGGGCGUUAGCAUCAGUGCGCUUGAGUUUAUGGGUGCUGGAAGCAUUACCAACUUGGGCAAGUUGGCUGCCAAGGCCAUAAAGGAGGCGAACGGAGCCGCUUAA